UCUGGUGUGUGUGUGUCUGCUGGGUGUGUCUGGUGUGUGUAGUGGGGUGUGUAGGUUACUAGGUCCUAACCUUUCUUUCUGUUAUUUUUAUCGGCCCCCACAUCCUGCUCUCUCGCUCUAUCUCUCUGUCUCCACCAUUCAUUCACUCUCACCACCCUCCAUAACCACUAACCCCUCCAACCACUAACUGCAGUACACACACACGCACAACAAAUGUAAACACAUUCAAACCUUUACACACACACGGAUGCAAGUCCAUAUCUGCUUCUUCAGUCAAAAACAAACUUCCAGUCAAAUUGUGUUUUGUGGAUACGGAGGAAGGAGAGAAGAUGACUACUCUCAGAACAACAGUAGUAGUUUUACUGGGUUUCUACACCUUCUGCCAGGAGACAAUCCCAGGAGCCUCAGUCCCAGGAGCCUCAGUCCCAGGAGCCUCAGUCCUAGGCAGACCGUUGCUGUACGGCCCCUCAACAGCCCUAGAGAAGACUGUAGAAGAAUUCCAGUGUGAAGUUCUGCGUUACCCUAAAGAAGAGUCCAUCCUCUACCAGCUAUUCAGGGAAGGUGACCGGUCCAAGGCCUUGGGCUUCUACAGUGCUCUGUCUGGUGAGAUGGCCAAUUUCCCUCUGUUCAUCACUGCUUCCUACGAGGGCUACAUGGUGUGUGUAGCCAGCGUCCAGAACAACACAGUAAUACAACCCACUGUCAGUCAAAGACACCACCUCAGAGUAGUCGACCCAGUCAACGGUGCAGAGGUUGUAGUCCAAUCAGGGUCUGUGGAGUUCUACGAAGGGAAGCCACUGUCCCUACGUUGUAACAUCGCCAAAGGGAACCACGUCUCCUACCAGUGGCUGGUGGAUGGGAAGCCCCUCCCCCUGUCUCCUUUACACAAUCAGACACAGGAACAACUCUUCAUCUACAGGAUGGUGCCCCAGGACAGCGGGGAGUACACCUGUGUUGCUACCAACCAACUCAACAUCACCAAGGUCUACUCCUCUAGGAGCACUGCCAAGGUCAUUAAGGUCAAAGAGCUCGUGUCUGAACCAGACCUCCUCUUCCUGGUACUGAAGGAACGAGACGGGACCUACUUUGCCCUCGUCACGUGUCAAUCACUCAAGGGGACUCCGCCCAUCACCUUCUCCCUCAACAGCAGGUCAGAGUUCAUUAGCACGGAGACGGUUGACGAGCGAUUCGCCACGUUCUCUAUUCCAGUGGUUCUAGAUCUCCACAUGGGCUUUCUACAGUGUCAGGCGCAGAACGGAGACGGGGUGGUGUACGGUCAGUGGAUGGCCAUGCACGUUGUUCCAGUAGGUGGAGCUGUGACGAUGCACUACGACACCGACGUGGGAGAAAACUUCUCCAUUGUGGGCCUGAGGUUCUACUGUUCCGUGGAGAGGGGAACCUUUCCCCAGUACCGCUGGUUCCUCAACGGAACUGUUCUAGAAGGCCGUGGAGACUUCUACUGGGUGGAGAACCAGCCGGAGCAAUCCAUUUUGUUGUUAUCUGUGGGGAGGAGCAGCGCCGGAACGUACCAUUGUGAGGUGUCCGACAGCUUUGAUGGCACUACGGUGAUCAGCAGUGAGGCGAGGUACAUCGAUAAAGAAGUGUUGAACCACCUCCCUACCACGGUGGUGGCUGUUGUGUUCGGCUGUUUCCUCUUCCUGGUUACCUUGGUGACCACCUGUUGUUUCAUUGGUCUGCUGUACCAGAAAAGACAGUAUCUUGUUGAAAAGUCUACGCUGGAUCUCAAGUUGGGUCUGGAGAUGCACAACAUAAUGGUGUUUGAUGAUGAUGAUGAAGAGUUCCUGGGUCGCAAGUGCAUUAUGGAUGAAGAGGAUUACAUGGAGGAUGACGGAGUGGUGAGAGCAGCCAGGAUCGUUGACUCAGAUCAGGUGAAAUACCAGUGUGUCAUCACAGCAGCACGAUGUGUGGCCCGUUGCCAUGAGAAAAGGGCAGCCAGUGAAGCACAAACAACACUGUAAAUACAACCUGUACUUGUGUUCAUUUAUCUUCCCCUACUAUUCGUACUACAACUAUCUGCACGUUGCUAAAACAUUGCACACAGCCGAUAAUAUAACACUUGAAAUGUAUUUUUCAAACCUUUGUGACUGCAAUGUUUACUGUUCAUUUCUAAUAGUUUUUUGUUAAUAUUGUUUUGUCUUCUCGCUUUUGUUUGUUGUUUAUAUCACUUGCUUUGGCAAUGUGAACACAUGUAUUCCAUGCAAAUAAAAUGGAAACUGAAUUAAUGAGAGAGAGAGAGAGAGAGAGAGACAACUGAAUACAAUGAACUAUUAGGGAGAUGUCCAUUGCUACAAGACAGACAAAUAAAAAAUAUUUUUGUUGAAUAAAAGUGGAUAGAUAAUUA